AUGUUAAAUAGAAGAAAAUCAGAUGAUACAACAACUUCAAUAGAACAUUCAAAAAGUUACUUACAUGAAGAUUCAAAUAAUAGAACAUCGGAUUUUUCCAAGUCAUCAUCAUCAUCAUUAUCGAAUUCAAUGAUUAAUGAAACUUUAGGAUUUAGAGAUUCUUCAAUAUUCAAUCAACUAGAUUCAUCAACUACAAAUGAACACAAUGAGAAUGAAAAUAAUAACACUACAAUAAAUCAAUUACAAAGUCCCCAUAAAACAACAAUCACAGAUCAAGAACUUAUCGAAAUUUUAAGAAACAGAUUCAAUGUUAAAAAUGCAACUGCACCAUUUACUCCAAAUUCUAAAAUACAACAACAAGAUAAAUCAUUACCAUUAAAUUUUGAAAUAAGUCAUGAAAAUCAUAGUACUGCCAAAUCAUCACCAAAGAAUCAAAAAUCAAAUAAUAUUAAUGAUUUUUUAAUGCAAAAUUUCAAUUUUAUAAUUGAAAAGAAUAAUGAAAUGUAUAAGAAUAUGUUGGUUGAAAAAGACAAGGAAAUAAAUAGAAUAAAGAAUGAGAAAGAUAAAGAAGUAACGAAAUUAAAAGAAGUGAUAGAAUUAAAAGAUAGAGAAAUUUAUGAAAUUAUGCAAAAUAAAAUAGAUAAUGAGAUCGAAAUUAAGAGAUUAAAAGAAAUGAAUGAAGAAUUGAAAGGAGUAAUAGAAAAUCAGAAACAAUAUGAGACAAAAGAAAUUGAACAAAUACCCGAAAUUGAAAAUCUUAAUUUAAAUUCAGUUACUGAAGAAGUACCAAAUUCACGACAUACCGCAAAUGAUUUCAACGAAGAGAUUAAUUUAUAUCCUGAAUAUUCUUAUACAAAUAUUCCAGUUGAAUAUUUAUCAAAUAUUAAAAAGCUACAAUUAGAAAAUAUUGAUUUAUUAUCAAGACGAGAUUUAAAUUAUUUAGUUAAACAAUUUAUGACAAGUUUUACAAUACCAUAUUAUGAAUUAAAUUAUGAAACAAUUAAAAGAUUUGCUAAAUUUUUAAAAAAAUCUUCAGUUUUUAUAAAUAAAGUACAUUAUAUUAUUAAUAAUCAUCAUAUUAUUAAAAGUUCAGACUGGUAUAGAGGUAGAAAAUUAUAUGAGAAUGAGAGAGAUGAUUCGUUAAUUACUAUGGAUAAUUGUAUAAAUGAAAUGAUUGACAAAAUAGAAACCAAAUAUUAUGAUAAUAAUGAUAAUGAUGAUAAUGAAGAUAAUGAGGAAAAUGAUGGAAAAAUUAAUGAUAUAGAAUAA